GUUACUUACACCGACUCGUUAUUGUCGAGCGAAGUAACAGUCCCAUUCUUUGUAAGUUCAUCCAUAUCAUUCUCUGACUUGAAUAAAAAUGCGUGAGUGCAUCAGUAUCCAUGUUGGUCAGGCUGGAGUCCAGAUUGGAAAUGCCUGUUGGGAGCUCUACUGCUUGGAACACGGCAUCCAGCCUGAUGGGCAGAUGCCCAGUGACAAGACCAUUGGAGGUGGAGAUGAUUCCUUCAACACGUUCUUCAGUGAGACUGGAGCAGGCAAACAUGUUCCACGAGCUGUGUUUGUGGACUUGGAGCCAACUGUAAUAGAUGAGGUUCGUACCGGUACAUACCGCCAGCUGUUCCACCCUGAGCAGCUGAUCACUGGGAAGGAAGAUGCAGCCAAUAACUAUGCCCGUGGUCACUACACAAUUGGCAAGGAGAUCAUUGACUUGGUUUUGGACCGCAUCCGUAAACUGGCUGACCAAUGCACAGGUCUGCAAGGUUUCCUGGUCUUCCACAGCUUUGGUGGUGGCACUGGCUCUGGGUUUACAUCUCUUCUGAUGGAACGUCUCUCCGUUGACUAUGGCAAGAAAUCCAAGCUUGAAUUCUCCAUCUACCCAGCUCCCCAGGUGUCCACUGCAGUGGUAGAGCCGUACAAUUCCAUCCUGACCACCCACACUACCCUGGAGCACUCCGAUUGUGCUUUCAUGGUUGACAACGAAGCCAUCUAUGACAUCUGCCGAAGAAACUUAGAUAUUGAAAGGCCAACCUACACCAACCUGAACCGCCUCAUCAGUCAGAUAGUGUCCUCUAUCACUGCCUCCCUUCGCUUUGAUGGUGCCCUGAAUGUUGAUCUGACCGAGUUCCAGACCAACUUGGUGCCAUAUCCGCGUAUCCAUUUCCCCUUGGCCACUUAUGCACCAGUUAUCUCUGCUGAAAAGGCAUACCAUGAGCAGCUUUCAGUGUCGGAGAUAACCAAUGCAUGUUUUGAGCCAGCCAACCAGAUGGUCAAAUGUGACCCUCGCCAUGGCAAGUACAUGGCCUGCUGCCUCCUUUACCGUGGUGACGUAGUGCCAAAAGAUGUCAAUGCAGCUAUCGCUACUAUUAAAACUAAGCGUAGCAUCCAGUUUGUGGAUUGGUGUCCCACUGGUUUUAAGGUUGGUAUUAACUACCAGCCUCCUACUGUGGUUCCUGGAGGUGACUUGGCCAAGGUUCAGCGGGCUGUAUGUAUGUUGAGCAACACCACAGCCAUUGCUGAAGCUUGGGCUCGCCUGGACCACAAGUUUGACCUGAUGUACGCCAAGCGUGCCUUUGUUCACUGGUAUGUUGGUGAGGGUAUGGAGGAAGGAGAGUUCUCGGAAGCCCGUGAGGAUAUGGCUGCCUUAGAGAAGGAUUACGAGGAAGUUGGUGUUGACUCUAUUGAAGGGGAAGGAGAGGAGGAAGGGGAAGAAUAUUAACAUGAUUUUGACUUCACAACAUGGUGCUGCUGUAACAGGGAGCUAAGAUUAAAAUGCAAAACAUUGAGUGUUAAACAAUUGUUUAUUGAAGAUUGACCAAAUUGAAUUGGAUCUCCCUUUUCCUAUUGGGCAUUGCUGCAUGGUUAUGUCAAUGUGUUUGCAUUCCAUAAUUUUAAGCAAAUGUUCUGCUGUGCUUCGUCUGGGAGAAAGUGAGGACUGCAGAUGCUGGAGAUCAGUUGUGUGGUGCUGGAAAAGUACAGCUGGUCCGACAGCAUCUGAGCGGGAGAAUCAAUGUUUUAGGCAUAAGCCCUUCAUCUGGAAUGAGGGGCACAGUCUGCCCAAUGUUGACCCUCUGCUAUUCUAUAUCUGUAACUCUUGGAAGUAAUAUCAUGGCUUCAGUUCAGUGAACAGCUAAUGUUUAAGUUGCAAUGUGUGCUAAAUGUAAUGAGACAUAACACUUGUAAUAUCUGUAGCAAUAUACAUCUGAAUUGAGAUUGCUAUGCAGCACAAAGUAAAUUUGUCACAGAUGUAACUCUUGUUCUGUCUUUAUGGCAUUAUCAAUAAAUGAUCCCUGUCA